AUGAGUGAUUAAAAUCUUAUGGAUAAGGCAAAAAUAUAAAAAAUCGAUAAUCAACAUAUAGAUGAGGCAGUUGAUUUAGAUUCUGAUGGUCAAUCUGAAGACAUAGAAUCUCAUGACGAACCUGAAAACAAAGAUAAUAAUAUUCUAAAAACUUAACAAAAAUCUCAAUAAUAAGGAUAAGAAAAAUAAUUAAGUGAAGAAGAUUUAAAACCUCCACAAAUUGUAGGCGCAUAUAAUCCUUCCGAUUAUGCACAUUUAGAUGUAAAUAAUGAGAUAAAAGAACUAUUUAAAUAUGUAUAAAGAUAUUAACCUAUAAACAUGUAAUUGUAAUCAAAAUUACGACCUUUUAUUCCUGAAUACUAUCCUGCAGUGGGAGAAGUUGAUGCUUUUUUAAAAAUGGCACGACCAGAUUAACAAGAAGAAUAAUUAGGAUUACAUAUAUUAGAUGAACCAGCAUUAAAUUAAUCAAAUAGGCCCGUAAUAGAUUUAAUGUAUAAGGAAUUAGUUAAAAAAAAGAAAGAUGAUAAAUCUAUAACUAUACAUUCUAUAGAAAACGCAGAAAAAAAUCCAAAAGAAAUUCAAUUAUGGAUAAAUAAUGUAGCUUAAAUUCGAAAAAAAAAACAACCUCCAAGUGUUUCUUAUACUAAGUAAAUGCCUGAUAUUGAUACUUUAAUGCAAGUUUGGCCUUAAGAAAUAGAAGAUGCGCUUUCUAAUUUUAAAAUCCCGAGCGAAGAAUUAGAUUUAAAUCUUAUGGAUUAUAGCAAAUUAGCUUGUGCGAUUUUAGAUAUUCCAGUCCAUAACACUAGUAAUAAUACUAAUGUUAUUGAGUCUCUACAUGUACUUUUUACCUUAUAUUCUGAGUUUAAAGCUAAUUAACAUUUCUAAUAAAAUAAGGAUUAAUAAUAUGAAUAAAAUUAGCUUUAAAUUAACUAAUGA